AAAAAAGGAAGAAGUUUUCCCCCAAAUCCACAAACCCCACUCUCAAUUCCUCUCCCCCAUCACUCUCUCUCUCUCGUUUUCUUCGGCUGUGAAGCAACAGGAACUGCGAACAUCCCUGGAUUUACCCAAAACCCCCUCAAAAAGUUUCGAUUUUGGCGAGUCUGUGAAAGAGAGAGAGAGAAAAAAACAGAGACGAAUCUCUUGAAUGCAAUGUGAGAGAGAUCAACCAAGACGACGAAGAACGACAAUGGUGGCUGCAGCAAUCUCCAACACAGACACAAGAAACCCACCUCGAGAUCGACCCACCAAUGUCUCCGGACAAAGAAGACCCAGAGGCAAACAAGUCCCUUCUCGUUACUUAUCUCCUUCUCCUUCUCACUCCCUCUCCUCCACCACAACAACAACCACAACAACGACAACGACAACAACAACAUCCUCCUCUUCUUCCUCUUCCUCCUCACUAAAGCCAAGCAAACGCUACCCAUCUCCGUUACUCUCUACCUCCUCUUCCAACUCCAACAAAACGCCGUCGUUUCUACCCAAACGCUCGCAAUCCGUAGACCGCCGCCGACCCUCGCCGUCUCCGACCACCGAAAUGUCGGCGGCGACGAAGAUGCUCAUCACCUCCACCCGGAGCUUGUCUGUCUCCUUCCAAGGCGAAGCCUUUUCCCUCCCGAUUAGCAAAAAGAAGGAGCCCGUUUCUCACCGGAAACCUACCCCGGAGCGGCGGAGAUCCACGCCGGUGAGAGAUCAGAGGGAGAACUCUAAACCAGUCGACCAGCAACUCUGGCCCGGCGCCUCUCGAUCCGUUCCCCCGAACCCUCUCUCAAGAAGCUUAGACUGUGGAAAGCUUGGAUCUAAAGUUUCUAUUAAUGGAAGGUUGAGUUUAGAUUUGGAAGGUUUGGAGAGCGGAGAUAGAAGACUACCAAACAAUAAUGACUUCACUGCUUCUGAUACUGAUAGUGUCUCUUCUGGUAGCACUAACGGUGUUCAAGAUGGCUCUAACGCUAACGGUGAAAUCUCCAAGUCGUUGAGCUUGCCACGUAAUGUUAUGGCUUCCGCUAGGUUCUGGCAAGAGACUAAUAGCAGGUUGAGGAGGUUGCAGGAUCCUGGCUCUCCUUUGUCCUCUAGCCCUGGUUUGAAAACCAGUUCCAAGUUUGGUCAUUCCAAAAGGUUUUCUAGUAGCGACGCUGUUCCUUUAUCAUCGUCUCCUCGUGGUAUGGCGUCUCCUGUAAGAGGUUCUGCUAUUCGUUCGGCUUCGCCGAGUAACCUUUGGGCGACAACUACUUCGUCUGCGUCUCCAGCUAGAGCGCUUUCGAGUCCUUCUCGAGUGAGGAAUGAGGUUUCUGCUCAGAUGAACGCUUAUAACCGCAACAAUAAUACGCCUUCGAUUCUUAGCUUCUCUGCUGAUGUUAGGAGGGGGAAGAUUGGGGAGGAUCGUGUUAUGGAUGCGCAUUUGUUGAGGCUUUUGUAUAAUCGUUACCUGCAGUGGCGGUUUGUCAAUGCGAGGACUGAGUAUACUUUAAUGGUGCAGAGAUUGAAUGCAGAGAAAAACCUGUGGAAUGCAUGGGUAUCAAUCUCAGAACUGCGCCACAGCGUUACAUUAAAGCGAAUCAAGUUGCUUUUGCUAAGGCAGAAACUGAAACUGGCUUCUAUCCUGAGGGGACAGAUGGGAUAUCUAGAAGAAUGGUCUCUACUAGACAGAGAUCACUCAAGUUCUUUGUCGGGAGCAACGGAAGCUUUGAAAGCCAGCACGCUUCGUCUGCCAAUUGUUGGAAAAACCGUGGUUGAUAUCCAAGACCUUAAGCAUGCUGUUAGUUCAGCCGUCGAUGUAAUGCAAGCUAUGUCAUCUUCCAUAUUCUCACUUACUUUGAAGGUUGAUGAAAUGAAUUCUGUGAUGGUCGAAGCGGUGAAUGUAACUGCAAAGGAAAAGGUUUUGCUUGAAAGAUGUCAAGGCUUCUUAUCAAGAGUAGCAUCUAUGCAGGUUACGGAUUGUAGCAUGAAGACGCACAUAAUACAACUAAGUCGGAUACCAAUCAUCACAAGCAGCUUGACUUCACAACAACAACUGUAG